GGGUGCAUUGGAAUACAGAGCAGGAAAUUGACACGGGUUUGAUCAUUUUUCUUGGUUAGGGCAUUGAAUUCAACUGAAACUAAUUACCCCCGUGUUACUUAGAGAGAUAUCACGCAGGGGAAGCGAUUCAUACGAUAGUCUUUCUAAGCGUGAUAAGAGCAUUCCUGUUGCACUUUCCAACGUUGACCCCUCAUCAACAGACCAACCGAUGAUACAAAAGCGUUGCAAAACAAAAUAACUAAAGAAUAUCAGUGGGGCCUAUGCCUAGAAGCAGCAGUUUUUUAAAAAAAUCUUUAUUUAAAUAUGUUUAAUCGUGCUAGAACUUGAAAAGGCUGAACAGACAGGAAAAAACUCUUCUUUGGGGGUUGUAUUUGUGGUAGUGCUCUAAAUGUUCUGUUGGAAUGAACUUGGUUUCCACCCCCGACUAAGUCCUCCUUAUCUCUUGAAAGCUAAUAUUUAUCCAGGCCAUUUGUAAAGCAUUUAGCUUUUCCUUCGGCAGCAAUGAGUCUUUGCUGACCUUAGAGAGCUUGAUUGACGUGGGUCGAGUUCCUGGUGCUUCGCCCCUGUCAUCGCGGCGGUUGCCACUGGGGGUCGCUGUAACGGGUCCUCCACCCAACGCGACCCCGUUGGCCAAUCAGCGGCUCCGUCUCACACGGCCCUGGCUCACCGCCACCACCCCACCGUUCCCUUUUAGUAAAGCCGCCGCCGAUUGGCCGGGCCGUGGGACGGCCAUGAUCGUCUCGAGCGGUUCCGCCGGGCUUUUUCCCCCAAAUCUACCCCGAAUUCCCGGCACUUGAAGCAGCGGCCAGCCCCGCCGUGCCGUCCCCCCGAGGCCAACCCAACAACUUUUUCUAAUAAAGCAGCCGUGUCGGCGCUGACCCCGAAAGCAGCCAGUGUCCAAUCAGAAAACAAAAAAGAAAUAUGCAAAUGAAAUGUAUCACGUUAGUCGGAGCGCUGAGGUCGACUCCGUACUAAAACUUCGCAAAUAAUCAUUCUUCAUAAAUACUUCCUUUAGAGCCGGCCUUUUCCUCUGGUGCUGCAUGACCAUGUCUGCAUGAAUUAAGUGGAUUGAAAGUGACAUGUAGUGGAUUAGUCGUUGAACAGUUUAAGACUUAGAACUGCCACUGCAGAACGGCUGAAGUCAGCUUACUGGAGCAAACUGUUGAUUACGGUCGUGUAGUAGAUGCAACAGGAUGACUGAUCCCAUCAUGGAUUUUUUGGAUGAUGCCAAUUUGUUUGGUGGAGGAUUGGAAGGCUUGGCAGAUGAUGGCUUUUCACAAGCAGGACCAGUUUCAUUGGUUGAUGAGCUAAACCUAAGUGCAGAUUUUGAACCUUUGCAGGUUGAGCCAUUGCAUCAUGUAUCCGAGACACCGACAUCAGAAAAAAUUAACUUUGAACAGUUACAGACAUUCGAUUCACUGAAACUUCAUCCAGAGAAUCAGCCAUUUAACUUGGUGGGCGGUGGUGCUGAGACUAGUGUCCUUUCCCCACAUUCCCAGUUUCAUUGUUCACCAGACCAUCAGCAAAAUCAGACAAAUGGGCUAUUCCCUUCUGCCAAUAAUGAUAAUAGUGGCCAGUCAUUCGUAGAUGGCAGCCCAAUGUGGGGCCACCAAAGCCCUAUUUCAAAUCAGAAUGGAUCACCAUUCCAUACCUUGCAAGCACAUUCACAGUCCAUUCAGCCAAUGACCCCCUUCUUAACGCAUCAUGAUUUUGGUCUGCAUCAGUCUAGCCCACAGCAACAGCAGCAGCAACAACCUGCAUCAGUGCAGCCCCAACAGAAUAUGAAUCAUUUCACUACAGGUCAGAAAGUUCUAAAUCAUGGCAAUCAGUUCAUGGGUGCCCACAGUUCGGCUUCAUCUCAUAUGACUCCGUUGAGCCAACCGACCACAACUGUAAGUUCAUCUACUCAACAACAUUCUGCUUCAGUGCAGCAGUUUAACCAACCAACUACAGCUCUGUCCAUGAAUGCAGUGCAUCCUGUGCAAUUCACCAAUAGUGCUAAUCUCACUCGUGUACAUCAGAAUGUGAACUUUUCAAACUCAUCACGAGAAAUGACUCCGUGUUCUGCUAAUUCAAAUCAGUUUACUCCUCCGUAUUCCUACCCGAGUAACAACCUAGCUAAUGGCAACAAUUUGACAUCUGCUGCAAUCCUUUCAACUCAUCAGGUAACCCAGGCUAUGACUUGCUUCCCUGGGAGUGACGCAUUCACAGUGGCAGCAGGGACCAACCAAGAACCAGUUCAACAUAUGCUCAGUCCCAACAGUCCUGCGAAACAAAAGGUUCUCCAGCCUAUACAUUCUGUAAACACUCAGGGAAACUUCAGUUCUUCAAGUAUGCCCUCUGUUCAAACUGGCGUGCCAAUAACAAGCAGUCCUGCUUCUCGGGUGAGACUUUCUAACACAUCCGUUCAAAGGAAACCAACGGACCUUUCAGCUCUUCAGGGAAAUCCACUUCCACAUUCUCAGACACAUUCGUUGACCAGGAUGAAUACAAAUGAUUUUCAGGGGCAGCUGUCAACAAAGUUUGGCAGUUCAGGUCUUGGCCAAAGGAAUUCAUCCCCUAUUUUAAGACCAGCGGCUUCACGGCAGUUACAGCAGCAUCCAAACAAGCAACAGAAAAUGGGGAACCAACAGCAAAUGCAUCAAGAGCCUGCUACCAUCAGUCACACACUAUCUCAACAUUGGCAACCAUCAAUAACUAGCCAGCAUCGGCAGAUGAAGGGGUCCAUGCAGUUGACUUUGCAACGGCAGCCCCCUUCCUCUCAGACCACCAUUGAUAGUUCUCGUCCACAAACAGCACAAAUUGUCAAAUUACAGAAUGCACAGCUGAUGACUGGAAGCAAACAACUAAAAAAGAAGGAAAUGCAGAACAAGCAAGAAAAAGCUAAUCGCAUCAUAUCGGAAGCAAUUGCUAAGGCAAAGGCACGUGGGGAGCAGAAUAUUCCCCGAGUGGUAAACCCAGCCUGUUUAUCCACUGGGUCUGCUCGAAAGGAGGAGAGGAAAUCUAACAAGUGCAAAACGAAACAAAAAGAUAAAGAGUCAAAAAAAUCUAGAACUGGUUUAUGUUCUAAACCAAAGGAUAGAACAAAAAUAAACAAAAUCAUAAUAACACUUGGGAAAAAAAGGAAGAAUGAAUCGUCAGAAGAGGGCUCAGAUACCGAACAGAUUCCCACACCAUCGAUCAAGAAAGAAUCCAUUUCUGGAUGUCAAAAGAGACGAUCGAACAGACAAGUGAAAAGAAAGAAAUAUAACGAAGACACUGGAAUGAAGAUUUCAGAUGAUGAUGAUGGCUUAACUACUAAAGGAAAAGUCAAGACUGGUGCUGUUCUACCUGCUGAACAACCUGUGCAAUUAUUUGUGGAAAAUCCUAGUGAAGAAGAUGCUGCAAUUGUAGACAAAGUUAUGGCUUCAAGAUUAGUGAAAAAGGAGGUAGCAAUGGGACAUAUGGCUGAUGUUGAGGAGUUCUUUGUGAAAUACAAAAAUUACUCAUACCUGCAUUGUGAAUGGGCCACAGAAGCACAGUUAAUGAAAGACAAAAGGAUACAUCAAAAAGUGAACCGCUUCAAGAUUAAACAGGCACAGAGAGGCCAUUUCUUUGCAGCUAUGGAUGAUGAGCCUUUUAAUCCAGACUAUGUUGAAGUGGACAGAAUAUUGGAAUGCUCGUGUUGUGAGGACACAGAUACUGGUGAGGCUGUUGUUUAUUAUUUGGUUAAAUGGUGCUCAUUGCCAUAUGAGGAUAGUACCUGGGAGCUUAGAGAAGAUGUAGAUCAAGGCAAGAUUGAAGAGUUUGAACGACUGCAGCAAGCAAAGCCUUCCCUGAAACACAUGGACCGUCCUCCCGCCACUGCUUGGAAGAAGCUUGGACAAUCCAGGGAAUACAAGAUUGGUAAUAAACUCAGGGACUACCAAUUAGAAGGUGUCAAUUGGCUCCUUUUCAACUGGUAUAACAGGCAAAACUGCAUUCUUGCUGAUGAAAUGGGUUUAGGCAAGACCAUCCAGUCUAUUACAUUCCUUGAUGAAAUUUUUCUGACUGGAAUCCAUGGUCCUUUUCUCAUCAUUGCGCCUUUGUCUACAAUUGCAAACUGGGAAAGAGAAUUUCGCACGUGGACAGACCUGAACGUCAUCGUUUAUCAUGGCAGUAUGAUUAGCAGGCAGAUGAUUCAACAGUAUGAAAUGUAUUUCCGGGACUCAGAGGGCCGGAUUCUUCGGGGAACCUACAGGUUCCAUGCCAUGAUAACUACAUUUGAGAUGAUCCUGGGUGGUUGUCCGGAGCUAAAUGUAAUUGAAUGGCGAUGUGUCAUUAUUGAUGAGGCUCACAGACUGAAGAAUAAAAAUUGCAAGCUACUGGAGGGAUUGAAAAUUAUGAAUCUGGAACACAAGGUCCUGCUGACAGGGACUCCACUGCAGAACACUGUGGAGGAAUUGUUUAGUUUGCUUCAUUUCUUGGAGCCCCUACGUUUCUCAUCAGAAGCCACCUUCAUGCAGGAAUUUGGAGACCUAAAAAGUGAAGCACAGGUGCAGAAGCUUCAGGCAAUACUGAAGCCAAUGAUGCUGCGACGUCUGAAGGAGGAUGUAGAAAAGAAGCUUGCUCCAAAAGAAGAGACAAUUAUUGAAGUAGAAUUAACCAAUAUUCAGAAGAAAUACUAUCGUGCAAUCCUGGAACGAAACUUUGCUUUUCUGUCCAAAGGAGCUGGUCAGGCAAAUGUUCCUAACCUGAUAAACACGAUGAUGGAACUCAGGAAAUGCUGUAAUCACCCAUAUCUGAUAAAAGGUGCUGAAGAAAAGAUUCUGGGAGAGUUCAGAGAGAUGCACAAUCCAGUUGAUCCAGUCUUCCAUCUGCAAGCUAUGAUUCAGUCAUCUGGUAAACUUGUCUUAAUUGACAAGCUGCUCCCAAAGAUGAAAGCUGGUGGUCACAAAGUUCUCAUCUUCUCCCAGAUGGUGCGCUGCCUUGACAUACUUGAGGACUAUCUUAUUCAAAAAAGGUAUCCGUAUGAGCGUAUUGACGGGAGAGUUCGAGGAAAUUUACGACAAGCAGCAAUUGACCGAUUUAGCAAGCCUGACUCUGACCGCUUUGUGUUCUUACUGUGUACAAGAGCUGGUGGAUUAGGCAUUAAUCUAACAGCAGCAGAUACUUGUAUCAUAUUCGAUUCAGACUGGAAUCCACAGAAUGACCUCCAGGCUCAAGCUCGAUGUCACAGGAUUGGUCAGAACAAAGCUGUAAAAGUUUACAGACUAAUAACUCGGAAUUCGUAUGAACGGGAGAUGUUUGACAAGGCGAGUCUGAAGUUGGGUCUUGACAAAGCUGUGCUGCAGAGUAUGAAUGGACGGGAAAACAAUGUUGGUGGGAUGCAGCAAAUGUCCAAGAAAGAAAUUGAAGACUUGCUUCGUCGCGGUGCCUAUGGUGCGAUAAUGGAUGAAGAAGAUGAGAGUUCUAAAUUUUGUGAGGAGGACAUUGAUCAGAUUCUCAUGCGACGCACAAAGACAAUUACUAUAGAAUCAGAAGGAAGAGGUUCCACAUUUGCAAAGGCAAGUUUUGUUGCAUCAGGCAACAGAAGUGACAUUGCUUUGGAUGAUCCUAACUUCUGGCAGAAAUGGGCAAAGAAAGCUGAAAUUGAUCUCGAAGCCAUACAUGGAAGGAACAGCUUAGUUAUUGACACACCAAGAGUAAGGAAACAAACCAGACCUUACAAUGCUGCUAAAGAUGAGCUGGCAGAAUUAUCAGAAGCAGAGAGUGAUGGGGAAGAUAGACCAAAGCUACGCAGGCCCUAUGACCGAUGUCAUGCAUAUGGAAGAACAGAGUGCUUUAGAAUUGAGAAGAAUCUGCUAAUUUACGGGUGGGAUCGCUGGAAAGACAUUCUAUCACAUGGGCGGUUUAAGAGACGGCUGGUGGAACAGGAUGUGGAGACAAUCUGUCGUGCACUCUUAGUAUAUUGCCUUGCUCACUACAGAGGAGAUGAAAAGAUCAAGAGUUUCAUCUGGGACCUCAUUACUCCAACAGAGGAUGGCCAGACAAAGGAACUGCAAAACCACCUAGGGUUGUCUGCACCAGUUCCAAGAGGCAGGAAAGGGAAGAAGGUGAAGAUACAAGGAAGCUCAUUUGAUAUGCAGAAGGCUGAGUGGCUCAGGAAAUAUAACCCAGAACACCUGCUCCAAGAUGAUGGCUACAAAAAGCAUUUAAAACAUCACUGCAAUAAGGUACUGCUGCGAGUAAGAAUGUUGUACUAUCUGAAGCAAGAAGUAAUCGGUGACCAGUUGGAAAAAGUACUUGAUGGAGUGGAUGCAAGUGAAAUUGACAUUUGGGUUCCUGAGCCUGAGCAGUCUGAAAUACCUGCUGAAUGGUGGGACAUGGAUGCUGACAAAUCGCUGCUCAUCGGAGUCUUCAAGCACGGUUAUGAAAAAUAUAAUACAAUGAGAAAUGACCCUGCACUCUGUUUCUUAGAAAGAGUUGGCAAACCUGAUGAGAAAGCCAUUGCAGCAGAGCAGAGGGGAAAUGAUACUUUUGCAGACGGUGCAGAGGGGGAUGGUGAAGAUCCAGAAUAUAAACCAACUCAGCCAUUAUUCAAGGAUGAAAUGGAGGAUGCUGCAUCUUCUCCAGGAGAUCUAAUAAUUACAGAUUGCCCUCUGGGAGAAGGUGAUCUACUCUAUUGGCCAACUGCAUCAGCUUUAACUACGCGCCUUCGUCGACUUGUAACUGCUUAUCAGCGUAGUAACAAGAGAGAGCAGGUUAAACUGGAAGCCCAAACUAAAGGAGAUAGAAGAAGGCGACUUUGUGCUGACACUGUAAAAGCCAAGGAGGCUGCUAAAAUCGAGAAGCAACAAAGGUGGACUAGGCGAGAAGAGGCUGAUUUUUACAGAGUCGUGUCUACUUUUGGUGUCGUUUAUGAUCCAGACAAGCAAAAAUUUGAUUGGACUAAAUUCCGAGCUAUUGCUAGGUUGAAUAAAAAGACAGAUGAGAGUCUACAGAAAUACCUUUAUGCUUUCAUCGCUAUGUGUCGAAGAGUUUGCCGUUUACCACCCAAAGAGAAAGAAGAGCUUCUUGAUCCACCCAUUUUCAUACAGCCUAUUACGGAGGAGCGUGCUUCCAGGACAUUAUAUCGGAUUGAGCUGCUCCGUAAAGUGCGGGAACAAGUACUUCGACAUCCUCAGCUUGAUGAACGGUUACAGUUGUGCCAACCAGGCCCAGAUCUGCCAGAGUGGUGGGAGAGUGGAAAGCAUGAUAAGGAAUUGCUCACUGGAGCAGCCAAACAUGGUGUCAGCAAGACUGAUUAUCACAUUUUCUGUGAUUCAGAGCUUUCCUUUAUGAUGGCUCAAAGAAACUUCAGCCAGAACAAAGUUACACAAUCUAGGAGCUCCACACCACUCUUGCACCCUCAGUAUCCAUCUUCAGCCUCACCUCUUAAUUUACCAGCUAAGCUGCAAGAUAAAAAAAGUCAACCUGAGACUGAAACUGCAAAGUGCGAAAGAACAAUAGUUGUAAAAAAGGAACAGUCAUCUGAUGAUGAAGAUGCAAUGCGCGCUGAGGUUAAAAAUAAAGUGAAAUCAGAACACUGGAAUUCUGUGGGUGGUUUUCAGCUACAAAACAGAUUAGAAAAGAAGACUGGCAUUAAACUGGACCCAGAUCCAGAUGGAUGUAUGGUUGCAGCAAGGACUCAACCCCUUACACCAAACUCUGUACACAACAAACGGAAAGCGAACAGAGGACGUUCUGAUUCGAGUUCCGAUUCAGACUCUGAUUCAGACAAUUCUUCUUCUUCUUCACCGUCGUCGUCAUCAUCGUCGUCAUCAUCACAAUCCUCAUCUUCCUCCUCCUCUUCGUCGUCGUCAUCCUCUUCGUCCUCAUCAUCCUCUUCAUCUUCCUCCUCCUCCUCCUCUUCAUCGUCCUCUUCUGAUGAUAGUGAUAGUGACAGUGAUGAUAAGCAAACCACGGCAGGUUGCAAACCCCCACAGCACUUGAAAACUUACGAUGAAGACAGUGUAGCAUCUCUUAGCAUCACACAUGAUGAGACACAAGACAGCUUUCUGCCAGAUAGUGGAAAGCCUGACGGUCCCUUCCUCCAAGAAAGGCAUAGGUUUGCUGCCUCCUGCUGGCCAAAGGAUCGUGUCAUGAUCAACAGAAUUGAUAGUAUAUGCCAUGCAGUGUUGAAAGGAAAUUGGAUUCCAUCAAGAAGAAGUUAUGAUUACAACGCUGUGACCUCUUCUUACACAACAAAACUGCUGGAUAGCCCUUCUGCCAUGGGAAAUUUCAGUGAUUCUGCUACUGUAACAUUGGGAAGCCAGGGUGCUAAAGAAGAUAAUUCUCUCUUGUCGCAGUUCACAAAGGUGAAGAAGCAUGUGCGAGAAAAGGAGUUUACAGUGAAAAUCAAUGACGAAGGUGGAUUGAAGUUAACUUUUCAGAAACAAAGACUCAGUCAGAAAAGAGGACUUGAGGCUGAAGAAGGAACUUCGGAUCAGCAACAAUACAUGGCACGGUUGCAUGAUUUGUAUUCUGCUUCUGACAGCAGCCAGGAAUUGGCUGUGGACCUUUCCAAAUCUUUACGGGGAGCUGGGAGCUCCAACUCUUUGCCACCGUUGGUAUUAUUCAAUUCCAGUUUGCCUGGCAACACCUCCACAGUGAUCUCAGAUCCCAAAUCAGCAUUAGCAGGUACUUCACAGCAGAUCUCAAGACACUGUACAAAUGGGGUCCUAUUGGACGGCCAGCCAAUUGUUAAAAAGAGAAGAGGACGGAAAAAAAAUGUGGAAGGAAUGGACAUCCUCUUCAUGAACCGAAGCAAAUCAGUACAACCUGCUAAUGUUGAGUUAACCAAUGCAGAGGCAGCUCUCGGUGUAUCUCAAGGGCAACUUGAUGUUGAUAGUCCUGUUUCAGUUAUUAAUGUGAAAAAUGGCACAAGACUCACAGGAGAGGAUGCUCCAAAAAGAAGGGAUUUAGAAGAGUGGCUCAAGGAGCAUCCAGACUAUGUGGCGGAUGUGUCAUCGCACGUUCCAAAAAUUGUUAAAACUGAAAUUUUGGCUGAUAGACCAAAGCAAAAAAGACAUCGAUGCAGAAACCCUAACAAAAUAGAUGUCAAAAGUCUGACUGGAGACGAACGUGUACCUGUUAUAAAUAGAAGAAAUGCCAAAAAGGUGACUCUUUUAUUAUACAUGGCAAAACAGUUUUAUGAAUUUGUAACUGCAAGACAUGUUUCUUUUGUAACAAACUGUCAAUAUCUCCUUAUCACCAUUGGAGAUUAGAGUUAAAAAUCUCCACUGUCCCACUGUUUCUUCUGCCUGCUCCCACAACCACCCUCCCACCAUCUACCCUACCAACAUAACACAAGUCAGUUGUGCUGAGUGGAAGCAGUAGAAUAACCUA